CAUGCCUUCUCCCUCCCUCCCUCUCUCUCUCUCUCAACCACCAUGCUCUUCCUCACUCAUCUCCUAGCAGUUCUAGGUUUUCUGUUGCUCUUACUAAUCCUAUGGAGGGCAAGAUCUUCUCCCAAAAUGCCCAAAGGCACCAUCUUACCCCCGGAGCUGCCGGGCGCAUGGCCGAUCAUAGGCCACCUCCACUUGCUACGCGGUGAGACCCCACUGGCCAGGACCCUGGCUGCCAUGGCCGACAAGCAAGGGCCGAUGUUCCGGAUCUGGCUCGGAGUCCAUCCGACGACCGUCAUAAGCAGCCGCGAGGCGGUCCGGGAGUGCUUCACCACCCACGACAAGGAGCUAGCUUCUCGUCCCAAAUCCAUGGCGGGAGUCCACUUGGGCUACGGGCACACCGUUUUCGUCUUCGCGGAAUACGGAGACCUUUGGCGCGAGAUGAGGAAGAUCACCAUGCUCGAGCUCCUAUGCACUCGAAGGCUUGACAAUCUAAAGCACGUUCAAGAAUCAGAAAUCGACUCCUUCGUCAAGGACCUGCGCACCCUUUGCAUGACCAACACCGACGACGCCCAAAAUGGGUCCUCCAAGGGGGUGGUCAUAAGCGAAUUGCUCGAGCUCCUGACCUUGAACAUCAUGACCAGAAUGCUCGCGAGCAAGAGAUACUUCGGACAAUUGUCAGCGUCGACUGGGUCCUCCACCGAUUACGACGAGGCAAGUCACCUGAGGGAAUUGAUCAAGGACUUCAUGUACCUUUUUGGGCUCCCUGUAGUUUCAGACUUCUUGCCCUUCCCGGAAUGGACCGACUGCACGGGAACCGUGAAGACCAUGAAGAGGGUGGCGAGAGAACUCGAUGAGAUCGUUGGGAAAUGGGUUGAAGAGCACAAGCUGAAGAGAUGUGAUCACAGAGGAGAAGCGAUCGAUGUGAGGGAGGAUUUCAUAGACGUUAUGCUGUCCAUGAUCGGGGAGGAUAGUUUCGCCAAGUUUGGUCACCCUCCUGAGAGGCUCAUCAAGGCAACAGUAGUGAACAAUAUAGUGGCCGGAUCAGACACAACAUAUCUGACCUUGACAUGGGUCUUGUCUCUAUUACUCAACCACAAACACAUCUUGAAGAGAGCUCAAGAAGAGAUGGACCUCAUGGUGGGCAAGGACAAAUGGAUACAAGACUCCGACAUUGAGAACUUGCCUUACCUCCAAGCCAUCGUCAAGGAAACCCUACGCCUAUAUCCAACAGCUCCCCUUGCAGCCCCGCAUGAAGCGAGAGCGGACUGCACCGUGAGCGGCUAUCGCAUCCCCAAAGGUACUCGGAUAAUCAUCAAUGUGUGGAAACUACACAGAGAUCCUCAAGUCUGGUCCAACCCGGAAAAAUUCUUGCCCGAAAGGUUCUUAACAAAUCAUUCAGGUAUGGAUGCUUUGGGUCAGCAUUUCAAGUUCAUUCCAUUUGGGUCGGGUAGAAGAUCAUGCCCGGGAGCCAUGUUGGCAUUGCGAGUGACCCACUUGACGUUGGCUCGUCUUCUUCAAGGAUUUGACUUGGCCACACCGUCGAACAAACCGGUGGACAUGACCGAAGGCUUAGGGGUCACCCUGCCCAAGGCCUCUCCUCUUCGAGUCAUCCUCACCCCAAGGUUGCCUCCCACGCUCUAUGAGCAAUUGACGGAAAAUUAAAAACUAUUUUCGUCGGGAAAAGAAAAAAAAAUCCAUGUAUGUGAGUAAUCUUGCUUAACAAAAUAAUUAUGUGUGUAAAUAAUAUGGAUUGGACGAGUGUUAAACCA